UCAGAAUUAUAACUUCUUGCAGAGUUCAUUUCUGAAGGUCUUGUUGAAGAAGAAACGGAGAGAACAAAUUCUCUGGGUAUCAAAAUCGGUACUUGGAACAGAGUUAUCCUAACUAAACACUGCAUAUUAUCAAAUUGCUGAUUCUGUUAGCAGAAUGUCCUUGUCGCAAACGUCGCACACGUGUUUAUUCUGUGAAAGUACCACAAAAGGUGGUCUUUUUUGCUCGAGGGAAUGUCGCAGUGCUGUCCUCAGUAAUUCAACAUCCACAAUAGACCCUACGGCUUGCAGGAAAGAGAAUUAUACUGAUAUUAAAUGUGGAUGGGAAUCACUGAAACAUAUCUCUAGAGAUUAUGAGAAGACCCAAAGGUCUUCCUGGUUGGGGACAGACGAGAAGUCUCGACGCGAAUUAAAGGACUAUGAAAGCUCAUUCGAUUGGAUGAGGCUUUGGAGAAGACAUGCUUUUCAUUCAUAGACAGAGUUCCAUCUAUUGUACCAUACUUACUCUAGCAAAACAUAUGCUAUAAUAAACUGCAGCGAGU